UUACCAUCCAUGAAAAAGAAAAAAGAAAACAUUAAUAAAAGGACUGUUUGGUCUACUCCUACCACUGCUAGCCCUUUCUGCGUUUACAUUUAAAAAAUAUAAUAAUUAACGGAUUGGAUAGAAUCUCUAUAAAGACUCUUUCUCGUGCUUUCAAUCCAAAUCCCCUCUUCCUUUCCCUCUCUCCCUUCUCUCUCCUCUUUCUCUCUCUAGCAUUUCCUCCACCUCUCCUGCCUGCACAUGAGAUGGAGCUGGGUUUAAGCUUAGGAGAUGCAUCAAAACCAUUUGGGUUUUUGUCAAAAGAUCAUACAGAGAUCAAAUCCAGCAACAACAAUAACACUCUAGGGUUUUGCAUGGCUCUGGGAAUCACAUCAUCAAAUGGAAGACAAGAACAGGAGAGAGAAAAAACCCACCACCACCACCAUCAUCAUCAAUCAGAAAGAAAUGGUACUGAUCAGACGGUCUCUGUUGAUCCACCUGUUCAGCUGAAUCUCCUCCCUCUCUCUCCUGUUCCUCGUCACUCACCUUCUUACCAUCAGUCCUUCCCAUGGCCUUCUGAUAACGGGAGUUCAGAUGGGGGUUCAUCGGGAAACAUGGGGGCGAGGGGCUUCGACGUGAACGUGACGCCGCGGCCGGCUGCGGUGGCGGAGGUGGAGGAAGGGGCGGCGGCGUCGUCCCCGAACAGUGCGGCGUCGUCGUUUCAGAUGGAUUUCUGCAUUUAUAGAGGCGGCGGAUCAGAUGGUGGUGGAAACAAGAGGGACUCAUCGGAGGCGGCGGCGGGAAACGACGUCGUCGACGAGGACGAGAACGGCCUGACUAGGAAGAAACUCAGACUCUCCAAGGAACAGUCGGCUUAUCUCGAAGACAGCUUCAAAGAACACAACACUCUGAAUCCCAAACAAAAGCUUGCACUUGCAAAACAGCUCAAUCUUCGUCCUCGCCAAGUUGAAGUUUGGUUUCAGAACAGAAGGGCAAGGACAAAGUUGAAGCAAACGGAGGUGGAUUGUGAGUACUUGAAGAGGUGUUGUGAGACACUAACGGAGGAGAACAGAAGGUUGCAAAAGGAACUCCAAGAGUUGAGAGCUUUGAAAACUACUUCCAACCCAUUCUACAUGCAACUCCCAGCCACCACACUCACCAUGUGCCCCUCCUGUGAGCGUGUAGCCACCACCAGCACCGCCGCCGCCGCCGCGGCGAAAACCGCCAACGAACCCACCUCCACCAAACCCACUCAUCCCUUUCCCCUCUCCAGACCUAGGUUCUACCCAUUCUCUCACCCCCAACCCAAUCCCCCCACUUCAUCAUGAAUGAUUAAAGGGUUCUGUAAAUACUCAAGCUUUGGGUGUUUGUUGUUGGAUGAUCAAAAAUGGUGGUUUGAAAAUUUGUUUGGAUAGCUAGAAUUUAGAUGGACAGUUACAUAGAUUACUAGGUCACAAUUAAUUGAUGAUUUCUCCCAUAUUUUUCAUCAUUUUCUUGGAAUGUAAAGUUGGGAGAAAAUACAGGAAUUUUGGUUUAGUUUUAUGUUUGAUUAAUUAUUAUAAAUAUAUGUUUGUUGUUUGUAAUUAAAUUAAGGUUUGUU